AUGGACCUCUCUUCCGUGUCCACUCCUACUACCCUCCCCAAGGAUUCUUCCUUCUCCGCCGCCGCCUCCCCAUACUUCGCUUCCCUCCAACGGAAGCGUCAACAGAAGAAGAUGAGCAUCACACAAACAUACUACCUUGCUCAUACCGCCCGCAAGAAGCUCACUCGUGAGGCUUCGCGGGCUGAUCACGAUCUCCGCCUACUGGUUGGCCAUGCCAACCUCCUCGACAGCCUGAUGCUCGAUCUCGCCGAUGCCGAGCGUGACCAAGAGCGCUGGUUUAACCAGACCGUUCGCGGCGCCACCAAGGAAGAACCCCGACACAUCCAAUGGGCCUCCACCGUCGUCGAAGAGCCCGAGGAGGAUUGGGAUCCGGAGGAUGCCUCCGACCUGGAGUCGGAAGUCAGUGACAGUGAUAGCGAAGACGAUUCGGACUUUGAUGAGAACGACUUCCUGGAAGAGGAGGACGACGAGACCGAUUCCGACUUUGAAUAUGAUGACGAGGAGGACCUGGAUGAUCUCAGCCUAACCCGAUCUCCCUCACGCCAGUCGCCGCCCGAGCUGCUGGCCGACGUGGACGACUCCUCCGAGGACGAGGCCACCCCUCCCUCUCCACCACAACCCACUCUCGAAGUCUUUGACGAGAAGGCGCCUACUACCAUGGCCAUUCCUCUCACCCCCGCCGACCAGGAUUCACCCCAUCUGUUUGAGCCAGGGUACUACGUUUCACAAGAACAGAGCACCAUCAUCGAGGCGUACUGA